GCGGAAGUUGCGCGUGGUGAUUAUCGUUGCGUCAGACGGAGCCGGAGUGGAGAACUCAUGUGUUUCUGUUUCUGCUGCUAAGCCCACGUCUCAUUCUGCUUCAUUCCCGAGAUGGCCACUCUCUACGUGUCCCCUCACCCGGAUGAUUUCAGGAGCCUUGUGGCUCUUAUUGCUGCAGAGUUUGGUCCGUCCUCUCGCCCUCGGAUCAUCACAGAGGACCCUCCUGCGUCCCUGAAUGCCCGCUCUAGACCGACCCUCGUGCUGGGCGCUGGGGAAGGCGACGCAGUUCUGAGUGGGGCCAGCGCCGUGGCUUGGUACUUGGCCUGUCAGGGGAAGAGGGCUGGAGUAGAUGCAAAGCAGCAGAGCCAGGUGUGGCAGUGGCUCAGUUUUGCUGACAAUGAGCUCACCCCAGUGUCAUGUGCUGUGGUCUUCCCUCUGAUGGGGGUGAUCGGAGUGGAUAAGAAGCUUCAGCAGAGUUCCCGUGCAGAGUUAAUGCGUGUUUUAAAGGUUCUCGAUCAGACCCUGGCACCGAGAACCUUCUUGGUGGGAGAGAGCAUAACACUGGCUGAUAUGGCCGUUGCCACAGCUGUGCUUCUACCUUUCAAAUAUGCACUGGAGCCAUCAGACAGGAAGGCUCUGACUAAUGUUACCAGAUGGUUCACCACUUGCAUUAAUCAGCCACAGUUCCUGAAGGUGCUGGGGGAGAUCACCCUUUGUGAGAAGAUGGUCCCAGUCACACCAAAACCAAAAGUCCCCGAAACUGCUAAAGCUGUGAAUGGCAGUCCUGCUGCUGACUCUGGUGGUGCCACUGCCAAUGGUCCCCCAAAGACAGAAGCCCAGCUGAAAAAGGAAGCAAAGAAGAAAGAAAAGCUGGAAAAAUUCCAACAGAAGAAAGAAAUGGAGGCAAAGAAAAAGACUCAACCACCAACAGAGAAAAAGGCCAAACCUGAGAAGAAAGAGUUGGGGGUGAUCACGUACAAUGUCGCUACCCCUGCUGGAGACAAAAAAGAUGUUGUUAGUCCGCUUCCCGAUUCCUACAGUCCUCAGUAUGUGGAGGCUGCCUGGUAUGCAUGGUGGGAGAAGCAGGGAUUCUUCAAGCCAGAGUAUGGGAGGAAGAGCAUCAGUGAGGAGAACCCUCGUGGCAUCUUCAUGAUGUGCAUCCCUCCACCUAAUGUGACUGGAUCACUUCACCUGGGACACGCCCUCACCAACGCCAUUCAAGACACUCUGACCAGAUGGCAUAGGAUGCAAGGUGAGACCACCCUGUGGAACCCGGGCUGUGACCACGCUGGGAUCGCCACUCAGGUGGUGGUGGAGAAAAAGCUGAUGAGGGAGAGAGGCAUGAGCCGCCAUGAUCUGGGCAGGGAGAACUUCAUCCAGGAAGUCUGGAAAUGGAAGAACGAGAAGGGAGACCGCAUCUAUCACCAGCUGAAGAAACUGGGCUCCUCUCUGGACUGGGACAGAGCCUGCUUCACUAUGGAUCCUAAACUUUCCUAUGCUGUCCAAGAAGCCUUUAUCCGCAUGCAUGAGGAGGGAGUAAUCUACAGGAGCAAGAGGCUGGUCAACUGGUCCUGCACACUGAACUCUGCCAUCUCUGACAUCGAGGUGGAUAAAAAGGAACUCACUGGUAGGACUCUCUUACCUGUGCCUGGUUACAAGGAGAAAGUAGAGUUUGGGGUCUUGGUGUCUUUCGCCUACAAGGUGGAUGGAUCAGACGAGGAGGUGAUUGUGGCCACAACUCGUAUUGAGACAAUGCUCGGAGACAGUGCUGUAGCUGUCCAUCCUGCUGACUCCAGAUAUCAACAUCUGAAGGGGAAAAUGGUUCUUCAUCCAUUCUGUGACCGCAAGAUGCCAAUAGUCUUCGAUGACUUUGUGGACAUGAGCUUUGGAACAGGUGCUGUCAAAAUCACCCCGGCCCAUGACCAUAAUGACUACGAGGUUGGAGAGAGACACAAUCUGGCCUUCAUCAACAUCUUGGAUGAGAAUGGCCUGCUCAUUAACGUGCCUCCUCCCUUCCUGGGCAUGAAACGAUUUGAGGCCAGAAAAGCAGUGCUUCAGGCGCUCAAGGACAGAGGCCAGUUUAAGGAGAUUAAAGACAACCCCAUGGUUGUCCCAGUGUGCAGUCGUUCAAAGGACAUUGUGGAGCCACUGCUGAAGCCACAGUGGUACGUGAACUGCACAGAUAUGGGCAAGGAGGCGGCAGAUGUCGUCCGAGAGGGCAAGCUCAAAAUCAUCCCUGAUCACCACCUCAAGACAUGGUUCAACUGGAUGGACAACAUCAGGGACUGGUGUAUCUCUCGGCAGCUGUGGUGGGGUCACCGUAUUCCUGCUUACUUCGUCACCGUCAAUGACCCCUCUGUGAAACCAGGAGAGGACAUGGACGGUCAUUAUUGGGUGAGUGGGAGAACAGAGGAUGAGGCCAGAGAGAAGGCAGCGAAACGCUUCAAUGUGUCUGCUGACAAAAUUGCUCUCAGGCAAGACGAGGAUGUUCUGGACACCUGGUUCUCGUCUGGCAUUUUCCCCUUCUCCAUCUUUGGGUGGCCUAAUGAGACCCAGGACCUGAAUGUGUUCUACCCUGGCACCUUGCUUGAGACCGGCCAUGACAUCCUGUUCUUCUGGGUUGCCCGUAUGGUGAUGAUGGGCCUCAAAUUGACAGGCAAGCUGCCCUUCAAAGAGGUCUAUCUUCAUGCAGUGGUGCGGGAUGCUCACGGAAGGAAGAUGAGCAAGUCUCUGGGCAAUGUCAUCGAUCCUCUGGAUGUCAUAACAGGAAUCCACCUCGAGGGUCUUCAUGCCCAGUUGAUAGACAGCAACUUGGAUCCGGUGGAGGUGGAAAAAGCAAAGCAGGGCCAGAAGUCAGACUACCCAAAUGGCAUCCCAGAGUGUGGCACAGAUGCUCUCCGCUUUGCCCUGUGUGCCUACACUAGCCAAGGUCGAGAUAUCAACCUGGAUGUCAACCGCAUCCUGGGUUACCGUCACUUCUGCAACAAGCUGUGGAACGCCGUGAAGUUUGCCAUGAAGACGCUGGGAGACAACUUUGUGCCAGCUGAGAAAGCUCAGCUGUGCGGGGAGGAGAGUGUAUCCGACAGGUGGAUUCUGUCCAGGCUGAGCGCUGCUGUUGCUCUCUGUGAUGCCGGCUUCAAGGCCUACGACUUCCCAGCCAUUACCACCGCCAUCUACAACUUCUGGCUGUAUGAGCUUUGUGAUGUUUAUCUGGAAAGUGUCAAACCAGUUUUCAGUAAAGCAGAGGAGGACAGCAGCAGCCAGAGACAAGCCCUGGUGUGCAGACAGACUCUUUACACCUGUCUAGAGGUUGGACUGCGCCUUCUGUCCCCCGUGAUGCCCUUCGUCACCGAGGAACUCUACCAGAGGUUACCACGCCGACAGCCUCAGAGCGAUCCCCCCAGCAUCUGUGUCACAUCCUACCCGGACACUAAGGAGUUCUGCUGGAACAGCGAGGAGGUUGACCGUGACAUGGAGUUCGUUAUGACUGUGGUCAAGACGAUCCGAUCGCUAAGGGCUGACUACAACCUGACGAAGACUCGAGCCGACUGCUACCUCCAUUGCAUAGACGCUGCAACUGUGUCCCUGGUGCAGAAACACAGUCUGCAGAUUCAGACCUUGUCUUAUUCUCAAGCAGUCAUCCCUCUGACAGCGGACCAGCCCGUCCCAGAAGGCUGUGCUGUGGCUAUCGCGUCUGACAGAUGCACUGUCAACCUUAUGCUGAAGGGUCUCAUUGAUGUGGAAAAGGAAGUGGCUAAACUGAUGACAAAGAAAGGUGACUUGGAGAAACAGAUGGAGAAACUGAGAGAAAAGAUGGUGAAAAAUGACUACAAGGAGAAGGUGCCAGUGAAGGUGCAAGAGCAGGAUGCUGAGAAGCUCCGGCAGAGCCAAACUGAACUUGAGAAAGUGACAGAAGCCAUGAACAACUUCAGGAAAAUGAUGUAACUUUCCCUUUAGUGCUGUGUAAAUGAGGAUUUCCUUCCACUUUUUUCCAUGUCAUUAUUAAUUUUCAUAUUCAUUUUUCAAGUUGAUUGUAGUAUUAAGGGAAUUCAAUAAAGACAAUGAUGUUUGGGC